GAGUUAUGUGUGUUUCUAUAUUCUAUUAAGAAUGCAUGAAUAGUACGCAACCUUUUUCAUCACGUACUCUAUUUAUAAAUACAACAUUUGGGACACCCACCUUAUUUGUGCAUUGCAAAUCAUAAACUUGUAUCAAUUACUAAUUUACUACACUUAAGGUAACAAUGGCGUCCGUGCAACAAGCUGAUCAUGUUAUGAACCAAUUAUCCGACAAGGAGAAAGCAGCUAUCGAAGAGGCAAUGAAGGAGGCAGAGUUGUCUUUCCUAACAAGAAAAGACAACAACAACAACAACAACAACAAUUCAAAAGCAGAUGAGAGGGUUUUAGUAACUGGUGUUGUGAAGAAUCUCUUCCCUAAACAAAUCAAAUUUUAUGGUUACAGUAUUUGGCAAGGAUCUUUCGUAGAUUUACCUCCACAAAAUAUUAAUGCAAAUGGUAUUGGUGCGUUUGCAUAUAAGGCCAAUGUGAACAAGUGCAACGGUGACUUAAUCUAUUGUUCCCUUAAAGAGUCAAAUACUCAACAACUUGGAUGGCUCUUGGCUUUCAACAAGGUCGAUAAAAUUAACAAGGUGUACGUGGAAGCUGGGACUCUAGACAGGAUCGAAAAAAUACCGUUUGAGGUAAUUUCAGAAAAAGUAGCUGCAUCGGGUAAUAUAAGUCGUUAUUGGGAUAGCGACACUGGUGCUUCAGCAGCCGCUGAAAUAAGGAACUUUGAUGACUACAUGGCUUUCGUUGGUGUCACCUUUGACCAGUACGAAGGAAUUUCCCAACAUUCUUAAUUAAUUAAUUAAAAUUAAUUAAUUAAUUAAUUAAUUAAAAUUAAUUAAUUAAUUAGCAAAUUACACCGCGCGGCAGCCCAGCUAAAUCUAUAUAUACAUAUGCUUGCUGGUAAUAUAUUGAAUAAAUGUCGCGCCUCUUAAUUGGUUUUGUAAGAUGAUCUAAAUAUACAUCUACUUUUAUCGGCUUUAAGGCUAUGUUAUGUUCAACUUAUUUUGCUUCA